AAGUUUGUACAUUUUAUAUGCAGGAAUGAAAAGUUCUAUACAGAAGCUUCUUAUUUUCUUGUUAAAAUAAUUGGAUAUUUCUGUGUUGUGAUAAAAAGUCAUGCCUAAGAAGAAGGAACUAGUUUCAGGAUGGUUCCAAAGUUUACAAAAAUAAUGAGUGAAUCCAAUAAGUAUAUUAUUUUUAAAUUUAAAUGGCAAAUUAUAUUGUAAUAUGCUUGUUCUAUGAAGCAGACCAUUUAAGUGAGAUUUCUAUACUCAUAUUGAUAUUGUUUGUUUAUUUUACAGUGUUGUAUUGGAUACUUUGGUUAUGCAGGAUUAUGUAACAUGUUGUAGAAUGACUGUAAAUGAUAAAUGGGCAGGGUUGUAGAAGUAGCUGUGAGCUAAUGACAUAUUUAUAGAUGUCACAUUUAGUUUUCAGACAAAUUUUCAUGAAGGAAAUGCUUUAAUUGUGAAGCACGAACAAAGCUUUGGGGAGGACGAUUUUCAGAAAAGACUGACACUUUGUUAGAGAAACUGAAUGCAUCAAUUGCCUAUGACAAACGUAUGUGGUCUGAAGAUAUACAGGGCAGUCAAGCAUAUGCACAUGCCUUGCAGAGGGCAGGUUUGUUGACUGAGGAAGAGGAACAAGUGAUACAGAAUGGACUGAAACUGGUGAGUCAAGAAUGGGAGCUGGACAACUUCAAGUUACAUCAGUCUGAUGAAGAUAUACAUACUGCAAUUGAAAGAAGGCUGGAGGAAUUGAUAGGGCUGCCAGCCACCAAACUACACUCAGGCCGCAGUCGUAAUGACCAGGUGGCAACAGAUAUGAAGUUAUGGCUCAGAUCAAAGCUAAAUGUUUUGAAGAAAUAUAUUCAACAUUUAACACAGAUUCUGGUUGAGAGAGCAAAAGCUGAGGUUGGGAUUCUGAUGCCAGGAUACACACAUCUCCAGCGAGCCCAGCCAGUGCAGUGGAGCCAUUGGUUAUUAAGUCAUGCCUGGUAUCUCAAAGAAGAUUGUGAUCGUCUGUUACAACUGCAGGAACGUAUGAAUGUAAUGCCUCUUGGCAGUGGAGCACUAGCAGGGAGUCCAUUCUCAAUCAAUCGCAGUCUUCUUGCCAAAGAUCUUGGUUUUGCCAAGUUUACAUACAACAGUAUGAAUGCAGUUGGUAAUAGAGAUUUCAUAGCUGAAUUCUUGUUUUGGGCUUCCUUAACUGCUGUACAUUUAAGCCAACUAGCCGAAGACUUGAUUCUGUACAACAGUAAAGAAUUUGGUUUUAUCAGACUGUCUGAAUCUUACUGUACUGGUAGCAGCCUCAUGCCACAGAAAAAGAAUCCUGACAGUUUGGAGCUUAUCCGUGGAAAGGCUGGAAGAAUUUAUGGGAAUAACUGUGGAUUUAUGAUGGUAUUAAAAGGAUUGCCAUCUACAUACAAUAAGGACCUGCAAGAGGACAAGGAAGCUAUGUUUGACACAUAUGACAGUCUUGAGUGUGUCCUGCAGGUGGCAAUGUGGACAGUUAAAACCCUCAUGGUAAAUGAAGUAUCUUGUGCCACAGCUCUCAGUCCUGAUAUGUUGGCUACAGACUUGGCAUACUACUUAGUAAGAAAAGGGGUUGCGUUUCGUGAAGCUCAUUACUUAGCUGGUGAAGUUGUAGCAUUAGCAGAGAAACAAAACAUGGAUAUGCCAAGUUUAACUUUACAACAGUUGAAGACAAUCAGCGAGAAGUUUGAGGAUGAUGUGCUCAAAGUAUGGGACUACAAACACAGUGUAGAACAAUACCAAACUGUAGGGGGUACAAGUACCAGCAGCAUCUUACAUCAGAUCCAUUUACUCGAAGAAUGGCUGCACUUCGCUCAAGAGAGUUAAUGACAGUUAGCAAGGCCAAUCUGCUGUGAUCUAAAAUUUUGCAAAGUUUACAUUAAUAUAUAUUUUCAAUGCCUGAAGUUUUUUGCAGAACUUCCAAUGCUGAUUUGUAAAUUUUAACACAUUAAACAAGUUUAAUUCAAAAUGUGCAAGUGUGUAUAAGUAUGUCUGAUUCAAGGACAUGUAAAACAACACUUAGUUUCAAGGGCCAGUACUCUAUGUUUAUCAUAUUGUAGAAUACAAAUAAGUACACAUAUGCAAUAAUUAUUGUCAUGUAUAAAUAUGUGUACUUAUGAUAGAAGAAAUGAAUGCCUUUAAGUGGCAUAGAAGCUGAAAAGAUGUCAUUAUUAACCACAUUAAACACUGAAAAAUAAAAUGCAUGCCUAGAGUAUGAAAUAA